AUGGAAACUCAAUUAUUAAAGAUGACGUAUCAGUCAUAGUUCCAACCCUUAAGGAACUAAGAUUAACUCUUUUGUGAAUUAGUACAAUAUUAAGAAGUGUUAACUCAUAUCGAAUGUGAUAUUUAAAACAUUUACAAAUAAGAAGCAAUAAGAUCUAUCAGCGCAUGCAUAAUUAUAGCUCCAGGAACUAGUUAUUUUGUGUCAGAACUCAGCGGAUUGUCUUCGUAAUUGGAGCUUAGGAUUAUCCCAUUUUCAUGUGUUACCUUAAGUAGCUCAAGCCAUAUGAGAAGGAAAUGCAGUUGUCUUGAAACCUUCUGA